AUGCGGCUCUGCUUCUGGCUUCUGUUGUGGUAUGUGUUUGACAUAGGUGUUAUGUCUUCUUGCUUCUGUUUGGGUGCUUCUUCCUCUUCCUCUCCGUAUCUUGCGGUUCUAAGUGAUGUGGCUCCUGCCUCUUGUGGCUCUGGCUCCUUCUCAGUUGUCUCUCACCGCCACCAGAAAUGGGGCCUCCUCUGUCCUUUGAUUCCUCCUCGGUUUCUAGUUCUCGGAGAUUUCAAGGCGGUGGCUCUAGAUCUGAUUUUAGUUAUGCUCAUAAACAUGGGACAAGCGAAUCCGAGGCGCAUCUUAAGGGACCAUGAGAGCUCGUGAAGUUUUCACUACCCACUGGAGUUUCAGCUCCACUGUAAAUAACUCCAGCGUAUAAGUCUGAAGAUAUACUUAAAAGAACAAAAGAAACGUUCUUGAUUUAUACAAUAUUGGUUUUAAUAAGUAAAGAGAAGAGUAAAAGCGCGAAAAGUACAUU